AUGAUGACCAUGACUACGAUGGCUGACGGGCUGGACGCGCAAGACUCCUCCAAAUCCGCCUUCAUGGAGUUCGGGCAGCAGCAGCCGCCACCGCCGCAGCCACCGCCGCCGCCGCCGCCUCACUCGCAGCAGAGCUCGCCGGCCAUGGCCGGCGCCCACUACCCGCUGCACUGCCUGCACUCCGCCGCCGGCUCCCACCCGCACCAUCAGCACCACCACCACAGCUCGCCCUACUCCGGCUCCGCCGGCUCCUACAACCACCGCUCGCUGGCCGCCUACCCCUACGUGAGCCACUCGCAGCACAGCCCUUACCUCCAGUCCUACCACAGCAGCAGCGCGGCCAGCCAGACGCGGGCGGACGAUGCAGAUCAGCAAAAAACCACAGUGAUUGAAAACGGUGAAAUCAGAUUCAAUGGAAAAGGAAAAAAGAUUCGGAAGCCUCGAACCAUUUACUCUAGUCUACAACUCCAGGCUUUAAAUCAUCGCUUUCAGCAGACUCAGUACCUGGCACUUCCAGAGAGAGCUGAGCUGGCAGCUUCAUUAGGACUUACCCAGACACAGGUGAAGAUCUGGUUUCAGAACAAGCGCUCCAAAUUCAAGAAGCUGCUGAAGCAGGGCAGCAACCCUCAUGAGAGUGACCCUCUGCCCGGCUCCGCCGCCCUCUCCCCUCGCUCUCCGGCUCUGCCUCCGGUCUGGGACGUUUCAGCUUCUGCCAAGGGAGUCAAUAUGCCUCCCAACAGCUACAUGCCUGGCUAUUCUCACUGGUAUUCUUCUCCACAUCAAGACACAAUGCAGAGACCACAAAUGAUGUGAAUUGUCCAAGAGAAAUACUCUCCCAAGAACGCCUCGUCUCGACAUGGCAAAAAGUUCCCCUGCUUUGCCAAGCCGUGCCAGCUACCAGGCUCUGUGUGAACUUGUAGAUGCGGCAAAGAGACAGAGUGGCUUUAUUUUUUUUAUUUUUUUUUUUAAGUAACCUCAGCGAUUGAUCUUGAACAGAACGACACAAUUUUCAUUCUGGCGCACAGAAGACACUUCUCUUUAGGAUAUUUUCCCUUGGACUCCAAGGCACCAGCCUCUUUCUCUGUGGAGUAUACGUCAAAACAAACUUUUUGCGGACUUUGCCCACAAGAAGAACCUGAACCUACCAUGGCAGCCGUUUUUACUUGUUUAAUGACCUAGAGACAUUACACGAUGAAAGAGAGACUAGUCAAAGCUCCUUAAUUUUUAUUCACCAAAUCCGGACUGGGG